AUGCAAGAAUUAAAGACUAAACGACAAGUUACGCAUGAAGCAAAGUCAGAAUCUGAAUUAUCGAUGUUUCGUCGACAAUACGAAAGCCUGUUUGCAAUUGGCCUAUCACUCUGGAUGUACCACAACCUUCGGAGCCAAAAAGCAAUAAAUUUAUUAAGUAAAUGUGGUGUAGGCGUAUCAUACAGCGGAGUUACUCAUGCCUGCAGUCACAUAGCUAAUGCGGUGCAGGAGAACAUCAAAAUAAAUGGUGUUUUCUUGCCACUGGGUAUCGUAACAGGUCGAGCAAUACGGGCUGCUGCAGAUAAUGUUGACAAGCAAGUAGACACUCAUGAUGGAAAGGUUGGGAUGCCAAAGAAAAACGAUACUGAACAUCACCGCCUGAAUCAGACUACAGUGGUACGCCAAGAACAGGAUAUCGAAAAUCUGUCUCGUGGGCAUUCACCGUGUAACAUUUUCACAUCAGAGGAAACAAGCUUGUUCAAACUCAUGACAAAGGAGAUUAUUCCGAAACCUAUUGAGAAGAGCAUUUUAAGCAUGGAAGCUUGUGGGUCAUCUGUGAUGAAGAAAUUUGUUGAAGAAAGAAUAAGCGGAGAAACCAAUCUAUGGGACAAAAUGACAAAGUCCAAGUUUCUAUCAUGGGAUUCCUCAGGCAAAGAGAUUAAACUUCAAGCCAAAUCAGAAGUCAUCACUCUUCGCACAACCACAGGUCUUAUGUCCAGACUGCUCAUCAUUGCACAAUCAUCCCGCGAGGUUGACAUGGAAGAAGUCAUUGGAAACUAG